CCUCGAGGAGAAUAUAAUUAUACAUCAAAUUUCCCAAGCCAAAAUAAUAAAUCAUAUGUACCAUACCCUCAAAAACAGAACCAUUAUGGAUGCAAUGACAAGUAUCAGAGGCCAGAUGAACAAAAUGAAAUGCCUUCUUCCCAGAACAAGUAUAAUGAUCAAUGGGGCAGCUUUAGACAGCCAUUCCGUGAGCAUGAUAUUGAAAGCAAGCACAAAGAAUAUGGAGGCGAUAUCUGUAGAUCAAAAGAUACUUUAUUACACCAUGCCCUUCGGACGUUUAGUGAACCACAUCUGAAUAAGGAUUAUAAUAUUAAGCCUUUUGAUAGGUACAAAAGAACACUUGUUCUUUUAAGAGGUGUCCCUGGCUCUGGAAAAAGUACAUUGGCACGUGGUCUGCUUGACCAGUGUCCAGAUGGCAUCGUGUUCAGCACUGACGAUUACUUUGGCCAGGAGGAAGGCUAUACAUAUGAUGUUAAACUGCUUGGAGAUGCACACAAUUGGAACCAAAACAGAGCCAAGAGAGCAAUGGAUGACGGAAGAUCUCCUAUUAUCAUUGACAAUACUAAUAUUCAGAAAUGGGAAAUGAAACCCUACGUACAAAUGGCCAUAGAAAGAGAUUACGGUGUGGAGUUCCUGGAACCAGACACAUGGUGGAAGCUUGACCCAUCUGAGUUGGAAAAGAGAAAUAAGCAUGGAGUACCGCGUGACAAGAUUUCCAAGAUGUUGGAACGAUACGAAUAUGAUAUGACUGUUCCAAAUGUUAUGGACUCGGUGGAACCUCCACACUUGAGUUCCUCAAGGAGGGCUCCACAGCCCAUGCAGAGAUGGGGAUCAUCUGUGGACUCUUUACAACACAGCACAUCAUUCCACAACAGAUGACCGUUAUUUAACUAAAGUUCGUUGUUGUUUUUUCCUUUCCCCACCAGCAUUUUUUACCUGCACUGGAGAAUCUUUAUAUUCAGUGUUUUAAACCUCAGAUAGGGGGUAAUACCUCAGAAACCAGGGAAUUGUGUGCAGAUAUUUUUUUUCCUUCUGCUUGCCCUUUUUAAAGUUUUUGUUGGGCAGCACUUUUUUUGCUGUCCGUAUUUACUUUGGUGGGUUAAUAUCAUUAUUGUGCAGAAGAGACUUUUGCUGUAAUAAAUAUUUAUGUUUUAU